AUGGCCCACUGGAGGGACGAGUUCUCCGCCGCGUUGGCCGCGAGAGAUCGGCGAGAGAAGGCCAACGCUGCGCUCUACGAUGCCUGGACUGAAAUUCGAAUAAACAUCCGACUAACGAACGCCUCCGAUGUAGACACCCACCUUGCCGAUCGCACGGCCCAGGCGCCAACGGUGGUCUCAGCCCAAGCCUCCCCUCCUGCUACGCCUUCGUCAGGAACCAAAAAGCAGCCUGUCGGCGCAGCUGGUCUGUCGCUGCAGGAGGCCCUAUCUGCAACCCGUGCAGACCUAUCGGAGGCGCAGCGAUCCCGCUCGGAGCUGCAGGAGCAACUCGCGCGCGCAAACGCCGAGUUGGAAAAGCUACGCAAGAAGAAUACACAGGAUCAGCGCCGUGUGAGGACGCUAGAGUCUGAAAUUACGCAUUUGCAGAAGCGCCUCAAGGAUCUGGAGGGGGAGCUGAGGGGGAAGGCCAAAUUGCUGGACGACUUCCAAGACGAGAUUGCAUCUUUAUACCUCCAGCUCAACAUGGCGGAGGAGAAAUCCAACAAGUAUCAGCGGGAAAACCAGGAGCUUGUUGAUCGCUGGAUGGCUCGAAUGGGCGAGGAAGCAGAAGCUAUGAACAAAGCCUCCAAAUUUUCAUGA